AUGUCCCAAGAAAGCCAAGACCAUGUCGGCUUCAAUAGAGCAAUGAUGGAACUUGAAGCUGUUGACUUGGGCCUGUUAACUGUAAUACUCUGGUCCCAAGAUAAUUUUAUUCUGUACUCAUGGGACAUCCUGGAUCUCCAGAGAAUUCCCCAAAUUAACACUCCCAUUAGUCCAGGCGGGGGCCCAAAGCCCCCCGCUGGGCCCGGGCGAGGAUGGGCGGGCAGGAGGCGGAGCGCAGCGCGGCGCUGCGCUGGGCGGCGGGAAAGGGGCGGGGAGGACAGCUCAGGCUUAAGCGGGCAGAGGGACGGUGGCAGAACCUGCGGGCUAGGUGGGAGGCUCACCCACAGGGAGGAAGGGAAGCGAGGACCGCCGCUGCUGAGGAGCGAGGAGACGCUUGGAGUCCAGGGGUCAGGCCGCUGCCACCUCCUCCUGCAGCGGAGACAGCACAGCCAGCGGGCGCACUGGCCGCAACGGCAACCCUCCGCGCAGGUGGGCACCCCCGAGCGCGGCGCUCUGCCCCUUCUCGGACCGCCGCGGGCCGGAUGCCCUCCUUUCCAGGCCACUGAGUUCGGGGGCGAGGGCUGGGCAGGUCUGGGGGUAGGAGGAAGGUGCACGGCUCCUUGGUGUGCACGCUUGUGCGCGCGCGCUGUGCUAGGUGGGGAAGAGGUGCGGGAAAGCAGCCUCCCUCAGGAUUUACUCCCUCGGGUCUCGCUGUCCCCACCCCCACUCUCUUCUGACCAGCAGAGCUCUCGAGCGGCUUUAGAGAACUGCGACCCCCUCCCUCGUCCGCAAUCUCGGUGGUGUGUGCACUUCGCCCCCCUCUUCACAAUCCACACCCAGCAACCAUCAGGACGCCCCCUGCUCUGUAGGAACCUUGGGAGAAGAGAGAGUGGUGGCAAGACCAGCCAGGGGAGGAGAAGGAGGAGAGUGGCUCGAGGAGACUUGAUUUUCUUGGAUUUGCUGCCAGUCCUUAAACCAAACCAGGCUUUCGAGGCGCUAAAGUAAAUUACCGGUGGCAGUGUAGAAGCCAAAACGGGAGCUUCCAGAAGUGGUUUCUGAAAAAUAAGAGUGAAUAUACAUGAGUAAGCAAGCACAAGAAUCUGAAAAACCACAGGUAUGUAGAACAAUUAAUCCACCUAUCCGGCUUUGUAAUUAUUGCAUUCCAGUAUCUUGACAUUUGUAUAGACUUUUAUGAAGUGAAAUGUAUUUUGAGGUAUUCUCAAAGAAGAAAACAAGUGUAUUCUAUUUCAGACAAUAUACUUAAAUAAAAAUACUCCAUGCCAUUAUAUUGUAGUACUUUUUACUGUUCUAGAAGAGAAGCAUUGUUUAUCCAUUGUGACCAUGUGGCUUUGCAUUUAGCCAGUUGUUGCUUGAUACUUGCUCUUAAAAACACUUUUCCUGAAACUAUAUAAAACUACCAAUUGUUCUGAAUAAUUUCAUUUGGGACACUGUUAACAAAGGCACCCUCUUGAGCCAGCAUAGCAGUAUCUGAUUUUUACAAAAACUGUGUCUCGCUGUUGACCUGACAUCACUUAUCAGAAUACCUACGCAUUAGGUAUUCUGUUUUUAACCAUAUUGUCAUUUUUCUCCACCUACCUAGCUGCUUUUCCAAGCCAAACAUAUAAGAGGUUCCUUCAUAAUUCACCCACUUGACUGAACAAAUAACAGGUUUAAUAUGGGAUCAAAGACAAUCAAUUUCAUGAAGUUUUUCGUUGUGACACAAUUCAAAAGAUUUUGCCUGUGAUUAUCAUUAAAAUAUAAAGUUUUUCAUAUUAAAGGCCUUUUUCCACAACUAGGUAACAUACUGUUAUGAAUGGUAGAAGAAACCAGACAGGGUAGAAAGUUCAUUUUUUGGAUUUUUAUUU